AUGAAUCGAUCAGUAGAGGAUCGUUCCGAAAAGCGGAUCGCUACAAGAUCCUCCGUUCAGCAACGCCUGAGCGAUUGGCCUGACGAGGAUUGGUCAGGUAUCUCCGAUCCAAAAACACGUCGGAGACUUCAGAAUCGCUUGAACCAAAGGAUUCGACGUCUGCAAAAUAAAAAACUACAAACCCCCUCAAGAGGCAAGAACACAGAUGUGGGAAAUCUCACCUCUCCCAUUGACGAGCACGAGACAGCAGAACGAUCCACUGUCCCUCAAAGCAACGACGAGGUGGAGGUAUUAGAGACACCUACUGCCAGUCACCUUGACCCAUUAAAGGCGAUCGAGGAUGUGCAUAUACUAGAAUCCCAUUCUACCGCUACAAGAAGAGUAAUGGCCAGGUUAGAAAAAGUCGCCUUCCAUUACUACUAUUCCGGCUCCCCGCGAACCGAUCUAUUACUCCACCUCGUCCAAUUCAACUUCACCAGAGCUUUGAUGGAGAACACAAGAAUAUUGGGCCUCACAUCCGACCAACUUGACGAUGAUGCAAUUUCUCCCUUCAACAUGAUUGGUCCAUGGCAGAAUGAAAAUCUCCAGAACCUUCCCAUAAUGCUCCAACCUACUGCGAUACAGCGAUGUAUCUCACAUCAUCCGUGGUUAGACCUACUCCCUGAUCCUCAACUGAGGGAUAAUCUGAUCCUUGCCGGGGAUUUCGAAGAAGAGACACAGCUUUGUCUGGACAUGAAGGGCAGUGGGACUCCGAAAUCACAGAGAAGUGGUAUCAUAGUCUGGGGUGAUCCUUGGGAUCCAGCGGGUUGGGAGAUUACGGAGCCUUUUGCUCAUACCUGGGGUUGGGUCAUCCGGAACUGUCGCGAUCUGGCCUACUCGACAAAUCGAUGGCGAGCGAAGCGGCAUGAACGACCGCUUUUUCACUUGACUUGA